AUGGAGGAGGAUGUGGUGGGAGUGGUGCCGCAGCUGAUGCAAGUGGUGCGGGACAUGGAUACGGAGGAUUUGGAGGUAAAGUUCUUAUGUUUUGUAGGAGGUGGCAGCAGCAGUAGCAGCAGCAGCGAGGAAAGUGGUGGUGGAAGCGGUACCGGAGGAGGAUGGGGAGGCGUAAGUGGAGGCGAUGGAGGAGGUGGCGAUGGUGGCGAUGGUGGUAAUGGUGGUGGCGACGGCGGCGACGGCGGUGACGGAGGAGCUGGUGGAGCCGAUGGUGGAGGAGAUGGCGGGGCUGGAGCAGACGCAAGUGCUGGCGAUAGGGCUGCAGGUGGUGCCUACGCGCCUGGAGCCGGUGGAGCAGCUUACGCACCUGGAGCCGGUGGAGCAGCUUAUGCACCUGGAGCUGGUGGAGCCGCAGCCGGUUUCGGGCAUGGAGCAGCCUACGCUCCGGGUGGACCUGGCGCGGCUUACGCGCCUGGAGCCGGUGGAGCAGCUUAUGCACCUGGUUGUGGACAUGGAGACGCUUCCGGUUCUUGUGGGCAUGGAGCCGCGUACGCUGGUGGACCUGGCGCGGCUUACGCGCCAGGUGGAGGAGCAUCGGGUAAUGGAGGUGUUGCUGCUGGUUAUGGUGGCGGAUGUAAUGACGGAGAUUCUGGAGACUGUGAUGGUAACUCUGGUGAGCAUGGCACCGGAUAUGGGGUAGGAGCUGCAGCCCCUGCUCCAGGAUAUCCAGGUGCAGCUAUGCCAGCGGCUGCUCCUCUACCCCCUGCAGCUGUACCUUCUCCUCCAGGAUUCGCUCCACCCCCUGCCUUUCCCAUCAGUUCCAGCACCAAGGGCACCAGCACAAGCUCCAGCAGCACCAGCUCAAGCUCCAGCAGCACCAGCAGCACCAGCAGCACCAGCAGCACCAGCAGCACCUGCAACACCUGCAGCACCAGCACCAGCUCCAGCCCCAGCCCCGGCUCCAGCCCCUGCACCCGCACCCGCACCCGAAACCCCGACACCAGUGGAGAAAAUGGUAACGGUGGUGACAAUGGUGGUGAUAACGGCGAUAACGGUGAUAACGGAGACAACGGUGAUAACGGCGAUAACGGCGAUAACGGCGAUAACGGUGAUAAUGGUGAUAACGACAGCGGUGCUGAUAACGGAAACGGGGGCGACAACGGUGGAGGAUGUGAUGCAAAUGACAAUGGCAAUGGAAAUGGGGCAAAUACCUGCAUCGCAGUUUAG